CAUGGUAAAACAAAAAUAAACAGAACAAAGGAAAGGUUCACAAAUUGUUACAACUUAUGUUUGAGAAUCGAAAAAUCAGGAAAUUUUCGAGUUUUUGUUUUUCUUCCAGUGUUUUCUCAUCAGGCCGUGAUGAUUUCCAGGGUCUAUUUUUAAAAAGAAAAAAAACCCAAAAUUUUCCCCCUUCAAAUAAAUAAUUUUUAAAUAAUUCCUUUGGCUUCCGGGUCGAAACUGGGGAUUUUAUUGAUUUUCGCCGGAUCGGCGGAGGAGCGAGCGUGACGUGGCACCGGAGGCGAACGCGCCUGCGCCCCAGCCGCCAGCUCCGGUCUCGCGCACUCGGGGCCUCUCAGUCCCUUUUCUGCCGUCUCGUCGCAAGGCCGAUCUCGCCCAGGUCAGGCCGUUUCAGGGCAGAAUCAAAAGCCACGAGGUAAAACAGAACACAGGAAGAGAAAAUAACAGAGACGGUUUUCCAGACUCGCAGGAUCUCAUCUCGCCCAUUGCGAAGAAAUCGGCUCACGGGACAACUUUAAACAUGUACAGCAACAUAUUUACAAACCCGAAUAUGAUGUGGAGGAAUGGUGGUAAUGAUGGUUACGGAGGUGCAAAGCGCUACUGGAACCAACAACAGAACGGCGGAAAUAACGGCAGCACCCAGAUGCAAUUUGGGGGCACAUUCCAGCACGGCGGCAAGCCAUCCCACUUGAACGUGAACAAGCCGCCGUUUCAGCCCCAGGGUCAGAAGAAGAAGACUCUGAACGAAGUGCAGAAGAGCAAAUUACCAGGGACAACACUCAGGAAGCCUCUUUGGGAUGAGGGCACGCUCAUGCCAUUCCAGAAAAACUUCUAUGUCCCGCAUAAAGACGUUAUGGGAAGCAGGAACGAAGAGGAAGUUAUCCUUUUCCGGCUUAAUAAGGAAAUCACCGUGAAAGGGAACCGUGUCCCGCCACCGUCUCAGUAUUUUGAAGAGGGCAACUUUCCAGAUUACCUCAUGGCCGAGAUUCUGCGACAGGGUUUUGCCGAGCCGACCGCCAUCCAGGCUCAAGGCUGGCCGAUCGCUUUGUCAGGAAGAGAUUUGGUCGGAAUCGCCCAGACCGGCUCAGGAAAAACACUCGCUUAUAUUCUACCAGCAGCAGUCCAUAUUAAUCACCAGCAGAGGUUGUCAAGAGGUGAAGGGCCGAUCGCACUCAUACUUGCCCCCACACGCGAGCUCGCUCAACAGAUCCAGACAGUGGCCCAGGACUUUGGCUCGCCCUCGAUGAUCAGAAACACCUGCAUUUUUGGUGGAGCACCCAAGGGGCCGCAGGCGAGGGACCUUGAAAGGGGAGUUGAAAUCGUGAUAGCGACGCCAGGCCGUCUGAUUGAUUUUCUCGAGAAAGGGACGACGAAUUUGAGACGAUGCACAUAUCUAGUCCUAGAUGAAGCGGACCGCAUGCUCGACAUGGGCUUUGAGCCGCAGAUCCGUAAGAUAAUUGAGCAGAUCAGGCCCGACAGGCAGGUGCUGAUGUGGUCCGCAACAUGGCCGAAAGAAGUGCAGGCCCUGGCCGAGGAUUUCCUCUCGGACUACAUUCAAGUCAACAUUGGCUCGCUCGAGCUCGCCGCUAACCACAACAUACGUCAGAUCGUCGAAAUCAUAGACGACAACGAAAAGGAGUCCAAGCUGUCAUCGCUGCUCAGAGAGUUGGGGUCAGAACAGGGAUUCAAAGCGAUCAUAUUUGUCGAGACGAAGAAAAAAGUGGACGAUAUCACAAAACAGAUAAGAAACGAGGGUUGGCAAGCGAUCUGCAUCCACGGCGACAAGUCCCAACAAGAAAGAGACUACGUUUUGACUGAAUUUCGAAAUGGGAAAUCACCGAUUUUGGUUGCUACGGAUGUCGCUGCUAGAGGACUUGAUGUUGAAGAUGUCAAAUAUGUAAUUAACUAUGACUACCCGAACACAUCGGAGGACUAUAUCCAUAGAAUUGGUAGAACUGGCCGGUGCUCUCAGUCCGGUACCGCUUAUACAUUUUUCACACCAGGAAACCAGAGGCAGGCGAGAGAUCUGAUCGCCGUGCUCACAGAGGCCGAGCAACCGGUGACGCCGAAACUCCUCGACUUGGCCAACUUAGCCAAAUCAAACUAUAACUGUCGCAACCGUUGGAACAACAGAAAUACAAACAAAGAUGGAAACAGCAGUCCGAGGGCGGUGAUGAAUGGCUACAACGGGUUCAAGUAUACACCUCAGGGGACGGUCAACACGUGGACGAAUCCUCAAACAGGAAGCGAAUUGCGCAGUAUUCAGCCUCACCAGACGCAGCACCAGGUGCAGCAGUCGGUCACCAACUUCCAGCCCCAGAGGAAGUACAUGAGCCAGAGCCCGAUGAACGGGCAGAGAAACGGCCGCACAGUUUUCACCGGCCGCGGCGGAUACAACUCGAACGGCAACCGAGCCUCUGACCUUUACGUCCCAUACGUCGACCAGCAGGUCCAGAACAUUGUCAACCACAAAUUCUUCCAGGGCAACCCGAACCGUGGCAAUCAGCACUGCUAUACCGCUCCACCGCCUCACCCGCCGACCUAUUUCCCACCCCCUCACCCACACCCACCUCAUGUCCCACAGUACAACCCCUACGCACUCCCUCAGGCGGUACAACAAUAGGUUGAUUCGAAUCAUAUAUAUAUUUUUCAAUAUUAUUACUAUUAACUAAUCAUUAUAAAAGAAAAUGUUUAAUUAAAAAAAAUUUUUGAAAUGCACUCAAAAAUAUUCAGAAGGGGGGAGGGGUUGAGCUGAUUUUGUAUAAAGUUAAAUUUUGUUUACUCACUGUUAUUGUUUUGUUCUCGUAAAGAAAAGAAAGAAAAACAAGAAGAGAGAUAAGUAUAGAUAUAUAAGAAAAAAAUUGAAAGAACCCUCCUUUGAAAUAUAUACAUACAAUUUAUAAUAGAGAGAAAAAAAAAAGAGUUCCUUAAUAUCUAUCAAUCGUUCAAGGGUCGUUUGUAUAUAAGUAAAUUUAUAAAAAAAUACGAAGUAAAAAAAGGUAGAAACUCGAAGUUUUUUAUAUAAUUAUAAAAGCAAGAAUUUGUGCCCCCCCAGAAGACCUUUUUGUAUAUUUGUAUAAGAUGGCCUGUUUUUGAGGGUAGUCUCGAUUACACUUCUACUGUGAUAUUAAUUAGCUAUUAAUUUUUAAUCUUAUUACACAAGAAAACGAAAAGAGUGAUGUUAUUUAAAAUAAUUUUAAAAGAAUAUAAAUACGCUUGCGUGUGUCU